GCCUCGACUCCUUCUCUCCAACCGCCAGCAGAUCAAAAAUAAGCAGAAGAAGAAUGCAGAGAGACGUUACGAGUUAGAAAUGGACCUAAUUUGUACGCGUUUGGGUUCUUUACCCCUGAAUCCUCGUAUUGUUCCAUCGUGUUUUAGAGCAAUGGUUCCAGGCGGCGUUAGCGGACUCGUUGUAACACUCGGGCGUCGCGUCGUGAGAAGUUAGCUUACGGCUAGACUUGUAGCUAGCUGCGGCUAAACGUGUAGCUACCUCGGAGCGACUCCUCGUUAACUGUCCGCAUCGCGGGGCUGAAUGCCUGCUCGCCGGGCUCUGGUGGACUGCGUCGUGUUGUCUGUGCAGACAGCAGGUGUGUUUUAUCCGUGCUGCAAAGACUGCCUCUCAAGGAUUGAAGUUGAGCAGCGGGACACGACGAGAUGCAGAUGCUUCAAGUGUGUUUACAGCUGUCCGAGGGAACAGCUGGACUACAGAUAUCGUCUCUCACUGAAGGUGACCCGGAACAGCUGCAUAUUUGGAUUAACUGUAUUCGGAACAUGCUUGAACCCAUUCUUUGGCAUCCAUGCGAAGGGUUUACAGAGGUUGGUGGAGAACUCGGACGGAGCAUCAAACAGAUCCACAUUGCUGAUGAAGGCUGUUGAGGAUUGUUUCAUUGGCAGACAUUUCGUCUUUGGCAUAAAGGUACCUGAAACAGAAAGUCUGCCUUGGGUUGGAGCACCUGUUGCGAAUGUUUGCAGCAGUAAAGAAACGGUCCACUUUAUUGCCACUCAGAUGAUUCUCCCCAACGCUACAGGCUUGGGAGGCUGGACAGUAGUCAGUUACUAUCGGAUGCUUCUUCAGAAAGCGGCAUCCACCGAUUCCAGCCAAACCCGCGGACCCCCAGCAGCAACCCUGCUGCUGAUUCCUCACCAUUUUCCAGCCGGCAGCUUCAAUCGUUCCAGACUUUCUGCCUCAGAUCUUCUUUCCCACUCACCACCAAGUUCACAGUGCCAAGAUGGCACCCUUUCCCCCACCCCUCCAUGGGAACAGUCCCUUGGACUGGUCACCUCAUCGGCAGAGCCGGAGGAAGGCUGCAGUCACCUGUCUGGUGGAGAUGAGAUCAGCCGACGGACGGGAAACCAAGAAGCGCGACCGUGUGCUCAGAGAGGCUCCCCCGAGGACCAUAAAGUCAAAGAGGAGAAAGCGCUGUCCCCUCCCCUUUCGUUGGGGUGCUUUGGUAGUCCAUCAUUUUCCAAAUACCAGAAAGCGGUUGAAAACGCGUCGGUCCUGAACCCUUGGAUCAGCCCCCCCCCACGAGGCCACAACAUCGGCAAUGAGAGGGGGUUUUCCACCAGACGACCCGCCGACACAGUCUUGUCAAGCCCCUCGGCCUGGGGAGAUUUUCCUUUCUCAGAGAGUCUUUCAGAGUAUUGGUGUGAAGAUAACAACCAUCUUGACAUUGUUGUUGAAACAGAGCCGCAUCUUAACGACCUGCAAAUCAGUUCACAUGGCAAGAAGGUUUCACGCAAAUCAAAUUCUACUUUUCAAAGUAACGCACAGAUAACAGGCAGCCAAUCGCAGAUAUUACUAGAAAUCACCGAUAAACCUGUACUGAAUGGAGGGGACCGACGUGAUUUACCUGACCAGAUAUAUAAGAACCCCGUUAGAUGUGCAUUCAAGAGUCAGGCCGAAUUAGUUUUUACCCAUGAUGAGUGUAAUCGGCAAAUGGAGAAAGCACCAUUGUCUUCCGAAAACGAAGAAGAGCAGCUUGAAGGUGAUAUCUACAACUGUUCGGCAGACCUAUUCGGUGGCUCGCUCCUUUCCGAAAUGACCACAAACAAACUCUGCACACGUGCCGAAAGGGUCAGCGCGCCCGCAGAAGCUUGCCUGCUGCUUUCCAAAGCUAACAAACAAUCCCUGAGGAGCGAAAACGAUUCCCUUUCAACACCAAACAAACAUAAACGGAAGAGUAAAAAACGCAUCAAAAGAGAUUGUUUAUUUGCAACAGACAACCAAGAAGUUGACUUUAUCCCUCCCACCCAGUCCACCCCCAUUGUAAAAGUCGCUGUUGUGAGACGCCCACCUGCCUCCACACACAGAGACUCGACAUUAGCCGAAAUCAGUUCACGACCCGACGGUCACGAUUCAUGUGCUUUCCAAAGAAAUCUGCCUGAAUUUGUGCUGUCAAAUUCACUCAUGUCUCCUCUUUGUGAUUUGAACUGUGUCGGGGCCGAGCAGCGGCACGGCAGAGAGUCUAUAAAAGAGAACCUGGAUUUGAAGAAGACUUCCAGUCACAGAUUUACUGCUGAAAGGGGCCUCUGGAAACCUGGCGAGCAAAUAAAGCCUCUGCUGACUCAGCGGCACCCGAGGGUCCAGAGAGGGACCCAAAAGGCCGCGUCCAUCGGAAGGAUCAACCGCAAACGCUACUCAAGUGAUUGUGACGUGAACGUCAAUGAUUAUGAGGACGGUGAGGUAAUUAUUCCCCCAACUCCUGUCCCUGAAACACGACCGAGUGUGACUCUCAGAAGAAGAAUGCAGAGUGGAGACGGCAGCAGUCAUUUCCAUUAUCCUAAAAACGUUCAGUGUAAAAAAACUCUGUUAGAAACUUUCACAUCAUCACAGGGAGGUCCGGCACAGACGGAUCAUUGUGACAGUAAGACGGUUGAGGAGGGGAUUCAGGACGGACCCCGUUGCUACCUCGAGGAUAAUAACAACGAGGCCUGUGAUUGGUCAAGAGACCUUUUCUCUGACUCAAUCUGAGAGGUUCUGUGGGACACAGAGGGCCUCGACACAUUGACACAAAAAAUGUUUUUAAAAGUAUGUCAUCCAGGACUUUACUGUGCAGAAGGGUCUGGGAAUAGAUCAUAAAUAUCAAAUGGUAAACAGUUUAAAGGAACCUACGUGUGAAUCCCCUUAGUUGCACCAUCUUCUGCUAUUUGCACUUUAAUAUUUAAAAUGUGGGUUCGGCAGGCACACGUGUCAGCGUACAGCUACCAGUGACAAAUGUGCAGUAAAAUGAGUUGAUAUCAAAGACUCACCAUGAGCACCCGAUCCAUGCAGUUGGAUUACCACAUAUUUUGAGUGAUUUAUUUUUAAAGAAUGAUUUUUUUUAAUAUGCUUUUAGAUGAUUUAAGGUUUCAUUGGAAACAGAUUGAGAUCAGAUUAACUUUAGAACAUCGUACUGUCCUUUUUUGUACCUCGUUUUUGUAUUUUGACUAUUCGUUGACUCACAACACUGUCAGUUCUCCUCCCUUUAUUUACAACCAUGAAUGCUAUUUAAGUGAAGUAAAAGGAUGAUGUGUAUGUGAUUUGAUUGCUGGCUGGUAAAUUAACUGAUUUAAAAUAUUAAAUUCUUAACACUGGCA